AUGGUAUACUUCUUAAACUACACUCGGCUGCUUGCAGUGCCGCCCGUGAGACCUAUUCCGACGCUUUCGAAAGAUCUAAUUAUCGAGAUUCUCAUUCGAGUUCCCGUGAAAUCAUUAGUACAAUCCCAGUUAGUCUGCAAGGCCUGGUUAUCGCUAAUUAAUCACCCUGCUUUCGUCAAAUCUCAGCUCCGUCACGCACUAAGCACCCAACCUCAUGUCAUUUCCCCCAAAGUCAUUAAGCACGAGACUUUUUCACUCCUAGAUGUCGAUUCUCGUCAAAUUGUGGCUCAUCUUAAGUUCCCACGCCCCCGAGGCGAGGUUACUUCUGUAACCAUUGUUGGCUCUGCUAAUGGCAUUGUCUGUGUUGCUGUUCAAUUCAAAACGACUUUUCCUGUAAGGAUAACCGAUAUUUAUCUUUGGAAUCCUGCUAUGAGGCAAUCCAAACUCCUUCCGUCGUUGUUUGAUUAUGAAAGCGCUGAUAUCUUGUCUUUGAGAGCUUUAGGGUUCGGUUAUGAUGAGGUGGAUCAUGAUUUCAAGGUUGUUGUUUUUGGAGUGUUGUUUCCUCUUGGUACAUGUUAUGCAGUUUAUUCGGAUUAUCGGAAUGCUUGGAGACACAUAAGUCUACCUGAGCCUAUCCGUGCUAUCCGUGCGGGGACUUUUGAUGUAUGUGUUAAUGGUUUCCUUUGUGGUAUGAGAAAUAAGUAUGUUAUGAUGAGUUUUGAUCUGAACCAGGAGGUUCUGAAUUGUGCCAUUAAGUUCCCUGUUAUGAAUCUUGCUCAUGCUCAGCAUUUCCGCAAUUGUGCUGCUAAGCUCCCUGUUAUUAAUGAUGACAAUGAUCAUGAUUAUGAACUAGAUGGUGAGAUAACUCAUGUUAUCGCGUUUAAUAACUCUGUUGCUGUUGUUAUGCUGAUGGAGUCAAACAAGAAGAUCAACUUCUGGACAUUGGAUGAUGGCACUACGUGCCUUCGAGGUCGUGGACUCGAGGCAUCAUGGACGCCAAUGCUUAGCAUUGUGCUAACCAUUCCGGCAUCGCUGAUCUAUGGUUACUUCAGCAAUGGGAAUCUCCAAUUAGCAGUAGUAAUGAAUGAUGUUAAAAUGUUGGUUUCGUGUAAUGCCGAUAAGAAAGAGGCCAGGAUUGCGCCCCUUUCGGUUAAAAUGGCUGAUGAUCUUCACAAUCGUGUAAUUUUCAAGUAUACGGAGAGCCUAGUUUCACUUCAAGGAUUCACAGACAUGUCAGCUAAAACUACAAAUGUUGGGAAGUAUAGCAAACCGCUGCUUGUUCUGGUAUCUUUGUGCUGCCUUCUAUUUUUCAAUCUUUCAUUCUCAUGA